AUGGAGUUAGAAUUUAUACCCAAAAAGCCUUUCCAAGUGAUCUCAUUGUCUGGUCAUUCUAACGUUCGUUUGUGGGAUUUUGAAAAGUCAGUACGAGUUUAUGCAUUCAAAGGUCAUGAAGGCUCUGUAAGAGCUUUAUCAGUUUCUCCAUUUAAUCCAGGUAUGAUAAGGUGCCAUUCUUUAGAUGUUUUUGUUACUGGUUCACGUGAUGGCAUGAUAUGUGAGUGGGAUCAGAGAGUUGAUCCUAAUCGGUCGGGAGCUCGUUUGCCGGUUAGCACUGUAGUUGAUGCUCACUUCUCUUUCGACAGUCAAAACACUCAUAGUCGUAAAAAGCAACGAGCGGCUUCUAGAACGUCAAGUACGCAAGUUGGAAUCACUUCAUUAAUAUAUAUAGACGAAAAUACCAUUGUUUCUAGUUCAACUUCAUUUAAAACCACGGCAAAACUUUUAAGGGGUAUUCGUUUAUGGGACAUGCGGUACAGAAGCAAAAAGCGUCCGCUGAGAGUAUUAGAAGUUCCUCAGACGCGAAACGCGCGGGAUUUUGGCAUUGCCUCGGUGUGUCUAGAUCGAUUUCGUUCUUCACUGUUCGCUGCCUGUACUGACUCAAGUCUGUAUGAAUAUGCCAUCCGUUCAUCCAAGGAAUCUCCUGGUGCCGAGAUAUCCAGUUCCAAGAAUAUGACCUUUUUAGUAGCAGCGCUUAGCGGAGUCCCAAAACUGGAGUUCAAUGCAUUUGAUGUGCGUCUAGCUUCUUCUCCAAUUUCAGACCACUUAUUGCUUGGGACUGGUGGUGACCACGGUUUAAUAUGGGAUUUCCAGGAACAAAGAAAACGCCUUAGGGAUCGUGAGGUAGUUAUGGAAUAUUAUCCCUAUCCAAAGUUUGUUCUGGGAGGUCAUCAAACUGAAGUGAGGGUGGUACGAAUAAGCAGUUGUGGGCAAUACAUUGUUUCUAUGGAUGACACACAGUGGAGACUAUGGAAGCCUCAUCUCGCUGAAAACACUACUUCCUCAAUCUUUGCCGGUCUUGAACGUGUUGAGUACUUCCGCCUGCCUGAAACUGUUCCAGAUUCCUUUAAGAUGAGUCAGCUCUCAGUCAAUUCAGAAUCACAAAAAAUAAGGAAACGGAAACUUGUUAGUCCAUUUGUAAGCCCUUCUAAGCCGUUUCCUGUGGGCGAGAAGUUCUCUCCGGCCAACAAAAUCUUUAGGCAUAUAUCUUCCCCUCUAUCUUCGAUCACGAACAUUAUUAAUGAACAUGUGCGUGGUUUUGCAAGAAGAAAGCUAGAAUUUAAUGAUGGAGACAAAAGGAGCGGUCCAGUUUUUCAGGAGCAACCUGUAAACUUCUUCCAUAUGAAGUGUAGGUUUCCGACAUUAAACUUGCCUGAUUUUGUCAAAGAGAGAGAGCUGAUGAAAACGAAAGAAAGAAGUGCUUUAGUUUGUUCUUCAGCGCAAAGUGGCAAGCGAGGUCUCAAAGGAACAAUGGAGGAUUACAUUGCUUUGACUAAACCGGCCUCUAACUGCUCUAAGAUGGUUAAAGCUUUAGAACGCAAGAUCAAUCUAUCACCAAGGAAAUUAGUGGUGAAACAGAAACUUCAGGAGUCUGGGAAGAUAGCGGCUGCACGAUACACUCCCAAAACUCCGCACAGGGAGAAGCGUGGAGGAAGAGUGGAUGUUGAAAAUUUAGACGUUCAGACCGAUCAGUUCGGGACUCCCUUAGCAAGGAACAAGAGGAAAUCUGCAUCAGUUAGAACGCUAAAGGACUAUUUUAACAAAUCGUCAUGA